AUCGGAUCUGGUCACGUGUGUCGCACGCUAGCGACGGAACGGGUUAGAUGAGGUCCGCACCCACACAUCGCUUGAAUAUUCGAAAUCACCUUGGAAUCGCGAAAGAAAAGUCCAACGAUAAAAUUCGACAACACCACGUCUAACGAGUGUAUGUACCCCAGAUAUAUUUCUCCCAGUAUCAACUCUGUGGCCCCGUUGCUAAUAAACCUUUUUUUUCCAGUUCCUAAUCCAAAAUGAGUACGUCACGAAAAUCAAUGUUGCCCACGAUACCACGAUACCACAGGACUGACAAUUUAUACAGCUAAGGGAACUGCCAGUUUCGGAAAGCGCCACAACAAGACGCACACAUUGUGCAGACGUUGCGGUCAGUAGAAUCGAUUCCCGGGCUUAGUUGGAAAGAAAAUGGGGGGAAGUCUACGAAUUGGGACUGACAUGUACGAUAUUCAGGUCGCCGAUCCCUCCACAUCCAAAAGCACACUUGCUCCUCAUGCGGAUAUCCAGCAGCUAAGAUUCGACAAUGUACGUGAUACCGAUCCUUCUGGUGGACAUACGAGAUCCAGGGAAAUUGGAACGCGAUGGACAGAGGAUUUUGGCUAACUUGGAAUUGCAGACAACUGGGGCGAGAAGGCCAAGAGAAGAAAGACCACGGGUACAGGUCGCAUGCGCCACAUGAAUGGUGUUCCACGACGAUUCAAGAACGGAUUCCAGACUGGUGUACCAAAGGGAGCUAGAGGACCACCAAAGGCCACCGCUGAAUAAAGGGAUCAUAUGGGAGUUAAAUGAAUUGGGAUUUGGUCGCGGUUUACCCAUGAUGUCUUGAGGGCUACGAUUACGCUAGCAAAUACCAUCAAUUGCACACCAAAAAAAUGUAUCGAUGCAGAAGUGAUGUGUGUGGGAUUUGGGUUGCUUUCAAUUUUGGUUGGGAAUGUAGCUACCUGGAAUUUCUCAUGGAGUUCGGAAAGUGUCAAUAAGCUCUCCUUACCGGUAUUAAACGUCAAAAAUACCUCUAUUGUCCCCUUUCGAAUACUUUGACUCCUCCAUCU